AUGAAUCAAAAGAAAACAAUUUCAACAUUAAUUGUACUUGGUUCUGGUGGUCAUACAACGGAAAUGUUUCGUCUAUUAUCAGGUACUGAUUUGAACGUAUAUAAACCAAGAUAUUAUACUAUUGCAUCUACGGACACAAUGAGUGCCAAGAAAAUGAAAGAAUUUGAACAGAAUACUUUGGAUGAUAUGAAUGUUUCAUUUAUUAAUCGAAGUCGUCAUGUUGGUCAAAGUUAUUUUAGUUCUAUUUUUACUACUCUUUGGGCAUUUUUUACUGUUAUUCCAUUAGUUUAUCGUAUUAGACCUAAACUUAUUCUUAUCAAUGGUCCAGGUACAUGUAUUCCAAUUGUUAUUGCUAGUCUAUUAUUAUCACUUUUCUUUCUUAUUGAUCGACCAAAAAUUGUUUUUGUUGAAAGUAUAUGUCGUGUGCAAUCUUUAUCAUUAAGUGGAAAAAUUCUUCAAUAUUUACCUGUACAUAUUCUUGUUCAAUGGCCACAAUUAACUGAAAUUUAUCCAAAAACUCAAUAUAUUGGAAGACUUGUUUAA